AUGCCGCUAGUUCAGCCGCCGGAAAGCAGCCCUGCUGACCAGCAUCCCCUUGUGCUCUACUCAAAGUUCCUGUCCACGGCACUGACUCUGGCCACAAGUAACAUCACGACAACGGCAGAUGGCGGACUGCUCCUCAUCCAGACAACGGCGGCCACCUUGCUGGAAACUACUGCAGGAGCUGGAGCUGGAGCGGCAUCAGCUGUUGCCACGACAAGCACACUUAAGGUGCCUUCAAUGAACUCUUACCUGGUGAGCAUGGCUUGGCCCAAGUCACUGGCGGUGGCCGUCUUCCUGGUCCUCAUCCUAGUCACCGUCGUUGGCAAUACGCUGGUCAUCCUGGCCGUGCUGACCACGCGUCGACUGCGCACCGUCACCAACUGCUUCGUGCUGAACCUGGCCAUAACCGACUGGCUGGUGGGCAUUUUCGUGAUGCCUCCCUCGGUGCUCCUCUACGUAACAGGCACUUGGCGCUUUGGCUGGAUACUGUGCGACAUUUGGAUCUCGAUGGACAUCCUGCUGUGCACCGGCUCCAUCCUCAGCCUGUGCGCCAUCAGUCUGGACAGGUAUCUCGCCGUCACACAGCCCCUGACGUACUCGAAGAAGCGGCGCUCCAAACGCCUGGCCCUGCUCAUGAUACUCGUCGUGUGGAUAACGGCCCUGUCAAUCACAUGUCCGCCGUACUUGGGCUGGUACGAGGCGGGACGGCACCAGGCGGAGUUCGUGGAUUGCCGCUACAACCAGAACAAGGGAUACGUCGUCUUCUCAGCAAUGGGAUCCUUCUUUAUUCCCCUCACGGUGAUGCUGUACGUCUACGUGAAGAUUGGCUAUGUGCUCACGUCGCGCCGACAGCGCAUUGUGCGCGAUGCGAACUCGGAGCGCACGGCGGACUACGAUGUUGAUGGCGACAACUUCAUCUCCGAGUCGGAGCACUAUCACUGCACGCCAACCAAGUGGCUGCCAAACAGGAAGUCCCGCUGGAGAUUCAACUCGCUGCACGACCCGCCCACCGUCAUAGCUGCCACCUCAAAUGCCAGCGUCACUGCCAACACAACGAGCGCGGGCACAGGCGCUGGCAAGCAGACAUCGUCGUCAGUCAAGUGCUCCAAGUGCUCCGCCAAGUGUCAGGCGGAUAAAAGUGUGCCGGACAAGACGCUAACGUUCAAGCACCAGCCCACAUUUUACGAGCUGGUCGAGGUGUCGCGUCUCUCGUCGCUCAUCCACUGCUCGGCAAUUAGCUGCAAGUACGGCGGACCCUGCAUGCACUCCACGCCCUCUGGCCUCCACUACGUGGGCACGGGCAGCCAGGCUUCCUUCUCGGACACCUGUCUGGGCGGUGCCUCUGCCGAGGUGUCGGAGAAACUGGAGGCGGACUCCCACUCGCACUCGCACUCCCAUUCACAGGGGCCGCAGAAGUAUGGCCAUCACCAUGGCUCCCAGAACCAUCACCACAACCAUCACCAUCGCAUGCCGAUGCGAGUGUCCACCACGAAACGUGACACCAAGACCGCCAAGACCCUGACCAUUGUGAUGGGCGGCCUAAUUGCUUGCUGGAUGCCCUUCUUCGUCUACUAUCUGCUGAUACCCUUCCUGCCGCGGCCCGCGGUCCUUGAGGACUUGAUGUUCGGCUUUACGUGGAUUGGGUGGGUCAACUGUGCCAUCAAUCCCUUCAUCUAUGCCUUCUACAAUCCGGACUUUCGCACUGCCUUUUGGCGGCUCACCUGCAGGCCCAUCUGCAAGCAAAAGCGUCCGCCAAAUCAUCUGGCCAUGUUCCGUGGCUAGCCUGGAGCUUGGCCUG